GCACAAUAAACAAAUCAGUAUAAUGGUGGUUUCCCUUCAGUGUAGAAUGCUGACAGAACUAAAGUGAAGCAAAGAAGAUCUUUAUUUCUAUGUAAGACAGAGCCCCCUCGCCCUUCAAUGGCCACUCCUUUGUUUUCAGACAUGGGCAAGACAGAUGUCCUGCUCAUCUCUUCAGAGCCAGCCAGCAGCAAUCCAUUGGUGGUCCCUCACAGAGCCAGCUCUGGACUAACUCAUACUGAGGUGGUCAAGCUAGAGAACCAAGGAGUGGGCAAGGAGAGCCAUACUGAUGACUGCAGUAUCAUGAAGGCUAGGUAUGGCCUGGAUAAAGACUGCUAUAUGUGGGAGGUGGAGCAAGGGAGGGUAUCCACAGUAGAGGUGCGGAGGAAAAUAGCCGCACUCUUCAGCAUCACCAAGAACCCGUCCGUCAUCAUCCACUACACUGGGCCAGGCAAGAAGGGGACAGGGGACUGGUGUUUCAGUGAUGGCUUCAUCACCUUCAGGGACCUCAUGGCCCUCUACACUGCUCAUAGGAGACCCUCUACUGGUCGCCCUGUUCUCUUCAUUGGUACUGACUGUGCCUACUCCGGUAACUGGGCUGUAGAAGCAAUGAACUAUCUGGAUGACAAAAAGAUAGGACCAUGUGGCCAUGCUGCUAAAGAGAAGGACAUACAACUGUCUGUACAAGCUUCUUGCUUGUCUACAGAAGUGCCCAAACGAUUAGCAUUUUCCACACACAGUAUACAGAAUGACAAGAACACUGGAUGUGUUUGCUUCCGUGACUAUUAUCGAAAUAAGGCAAUUGCCGAAAACCAGCAUACAACGAAAUUGAACUUUAACUCCAUCAUGUGUAAAAAUGCCGUCGACCAGCCGUGUACAAUGGCCCCAGACAGUACUUGGAAAAUGUGGCGAGAAUCUGAGAGGUUAUGUAUAAUAGCUGACGCUGAUAAUAUUCAACCAAAAUGGAAUGCUGUGCUUUUUGUUGAUGACGAGAAAAUUAUUUGCGAGUUUCUAGCAGACAACACACGCACUGAUGUAACAGACCAUGUCCACGUGCUCAAGUCUGGUUGGGGCAAGGAGCCACCGAAUGACGUCAAGCAAUGGCUGCAGUUAAACUACAGAGUGGACUAUGAACACACACCAGAGGGUACUAAAUAGUGAAUAUAGAUAGAUGAUCAUGAGUGCUUUUUUAGUUUUUAUGCUUGUGCUUUUUAUAGCCUUUGUCAUUUUGCAAGGUCUUUUAUAACUGUGUCUGUGUGUACAGA